AUGCGCGCCCGUAUUUGGCACCUUUGGCUUUGGGCUGCUGCUACCUGGUCUCCGCUGUCCUGCACAGAGACCUCUUGUGGGCAGGAUGAAGACCAACACUGCCUCCUGCAGUCUGCAUCGUCCUUGGCUCCAGAGCAAAGCUCGAGCCAGGACCCAGAGUAUGACAUCCGGGCUUUGAGACCGAGAACGCCCAAACGGCGACGUCGAGGGCUCGAUCUCGAUGUCAGCAAAAGCGAGCGAGAUGGCUUCCUGCCUAGAGGCAACCUCAUCAGAGAUUUGGGUUGCUGGCCUCUGGAUCCGGAGGACGAGGAUGGGCGACAGGACGCUACCUUUCAUGACAGGACAUGUGUUCAUUACAAGGGGCCCGGCCGAUGUCGGUCUGGCUUUCCUUUUUUCCGCUUCGCAAUGCCACAAGGCAUGGAUUCCCGCGAAUGCCCGCGAUUCUGCAUGUCAAAAGGCUUGGACAUGUCUGCGAUCAUUGACAUCGACAAGAAAGGCUUUGAAUGCCGCUGCGGGGCGACUAUGUUGAAUGCAGCGGCAUGGCAGCGCAGGCUUCCCCGGCGCAGUGUUCUGCUCGACUUCACGGCGAAGGUUGCGAUCGACUCCCCUCGAUGCAGGAUUCUGGUCUUCCGAUACGCCGGCCACUUCGAGCAUGGGGGACUUCCCAAAUCUCGAGUGGGAAUUAAUGACCAUGACCGGGACUACAUGAUGUCCGUCGCCCUGGGUCAUGGGCACCACGACCACGGCUCGGUGGACUCGGACGAGGUUGAUUUGGGCAAGGAUCGUGGCAGCUUGGGCUCGUCAUCUGCAGAUGGUGAGAUAGACCACCUGCUCACAGCCACUGAGCGAAAGUCCAUCGAGCAGAAGUCGAAGACACCCAAAGGGAGCAAGGCCACAUCAGCUUCAAUGCUGCAAGCCAACCGCUCGCAGGUGUCAAUGAUGUGUACUGACGACCCGGCUCCGAAAAUCAAGGUUGCAGGUCGCACCCACACCUGCGCGCAGUUGAUGAUUCUCUGUCAUCGGCCGGAUGCGCUUGGAAGACAGGUUACGAUGGCUUGUCCAUUUACCUGCGGCCUUUGCACGACUAGGGAUGCCUGGACACCGUGUUUCCCGCAUACCUGCAGUGGCGGCAGCCCAUGGUUGACACAGGAAGAGUCUGGCAACUUUAUUAUCCCCUACGUUUUCGACAAAAACGUGGACCGCGUGCGUCGCGAUGCCUUCGUCGAAGCUACGAAGGCCUGGGAGGAAGAUACCUGCAUUCGUUUUCAACAGGGUGGCAAUGAGCCGAGGAUACGGGUUGUGCUCGAGGACUUCUCAUCCUGCUACUCGGAGAUUGGCUACCCCGGGCCGAAGGGCGAGACGAAAGUCAAUUUGGGGUCCUGCAACAGCCAGCGGAAUAUUGGCAACAUCAUCCACGAGCUGGGCCACUCUCUAGGCAUGGCUCACGAGCAUCGGCGCCCUGAUGCAGGGUCGCGGAUGUGGCUGGCUGACGAAAAGCGCUACGUAGGUCCGUACUUGAUCUUCCACUGGGAGAACAUCCCCCCGAAUGUGCGUUUGCAAUACGAGCCAGAUGUGGCCUCCUAUACCGGCUCGAACCAUCAGGGAGCAGGUGAUGAGAAAUCCGGCUACAGCCCCUAUGACUACGGCUCCAUCAUGCACUAUUCCCGGAUGAACAAUCGCUUCGAAUCUGCGCAGAGUUCGGUUUACAAUAACAACAUGGGCCAACGCAACUAUCCAUCGCAAGGUGACUUCAAGCAGCUUCGCGACAUGUACCAAUGCGGAAGCAAGGUACGGCACACCAGCCGGAGCCACUACGAGACGACCAGCCUUUGGUACUGGUUGGGAUACGACCAGUCUGACGUUGCCCGGUGGUCCGCUGGAGUUUUCGGCAACUGCGAACGUGAAGCAGGAAGGGAGAUGUGCUAUCGAUCCAGACCGGUGCACUGCCUGGGUAUGCAUGGUGAACCGGUGGAGAAUGAGCACGCCUGCGUCCCUCGAAAACGACCCAAGGAGUGCCAUGUGUGA